AUGGAGGGCGAGGAGCAACUGCAUGACGAACCCCAUGAAGGAAAUGAUGCACCAGCUCAACUAGAUGCCAUUGGAGAGACUGUCUCUGAAGCCCCAGGCAGUCUAUUGGCUGAGAAAGCCAAUCCUGGUUCAUUGCCCACCUCAAAUGUAUUCGUCAGAGAUAAUCACACACAAGCUCAGCUGGCCGCAAUGAAUGAAGGGUCUGCAAAUCUCCCACCUGCGGAUCAGAAAGCCUUCAUCAGGCCGACAGCUCCUAUCAACGAAUCGGAUAAUCGAGGGAGGAACAGCGAUGCCCAGAUGGAUCCGGCCAUCGGAAUGGCCUUCGAAACAGAGAAUGCUGCCUAUGAUUGCUACAACGAGUAUGCGAAGAAGAUGGGGUUCACCAUCCGGUGGGACAACAGGACUCUAAGCCGAAGAACGGGCGUGACACUGGCCAGGCGGUUCGUGUGCAGCAAGCAGGGCCGGCGGGGCGACGGGCAGAAGAAGCGGCACUCGCAAGCAAAGUACCACCGCGAGGAGACGAGGUGCGGCUGCUUGGCGUACAUGAAGAUCAAGCUCGCUGGUGAUGGAAAGUACCGCAUCAUAGAGCUCAAUGCAACCCACAACCAUCCCCUGGCGAGCCAGGUCCCUUUUAAUUACGCGGUGGCUAAUCUGGUUCUUUACAAUCACCAUCCCCUUGCGAACCAGGUUCCUAGCAUUCAUCCAGUUCCUAUCCAGAUUGCUAACCUCCGUCCCCUCCCGAACCAGGUUCCUAAUAUCCGGCCGGUUCCGAUCCAGGUGCCCAAUAUUCAUCAUCCCCUUCCUCCAGCCACACAGGUUCCUAAUGCCCACCCCCCUGCUGCUUCUGCCCAGGUUUCAGGCAUCCGCCCGCGACCAAACCAGGUUCCCUAUAACCACCCAGUUGCUGUAUUUGUCCCGAUUAAUCCUCAACAAGUUCAGAGCCACCACCUUGCAGGGAAGAGCCCUAAUAACCAGCAUGCCGGUCAUGUGGUGAUAAUGCAAAGAGUUCCAGGUGCCCAAGGCUCAGUUUCCGGGAAGACGAAGAGGAAAAGAAAAGCCGCCGUUGCUGCGGCAGCUGAUGAUAAUGACAAGCUAGAGGAAGUAUCGCCGGAUGUGGACUCACAGAUUAGUGGUAUGGAAGGCUUGGAAAACCUUCCUGCCAAUGCCAGGAAUUAUCUGCCAGUGAAGAGGACGAACCCGAUGCAGAAAUCUGAUGUGGAUGGCCUGUUUGAAUACUUCAGGAGCAAGCAGGCCAAGAACUCAUCCUUUUUCUAUUCUUUUCAGCUUGAUGUUAAUGAAAAGAUCACAAACGUUUUCUGGAUGGACGGGAGAAUGAAGACGGAUUAUGCCCGCUUUGGAGAUGUCCUCUGUGUCGACACAACUUACCGGAUGAAUGACUAUGGGCGGCCGCUGGUGCUCUUCGUGGGUGUCAAUCACCACAAGCAGAUGACAGUCUUUGGGGCCGCUUUGAUCUACGAUGAGACCGCUUAUUCCUUCAGAUGGGUUUUCAGGACCUUCUUGGAGGCGGUAGGUGGGAGGCGGCCGGCCACCCUCUUGACCGACGAGAGCACUGCCAUCUUGAGCGCCGCCACAUCAGAAUUCAGCAGCGUCCCCCAUCGGCUCUGCGUGUGGCAUCUGUAUCAGAAUGCAAUGAAGAAUCUGGCGAAGGUGUUCACCGGCUCCAAGGACUUCGACGACGAUUUUGGCAGAUGCAUCUACGAUCACGAGGUGGAAGCCGAGUUCAUUCAGGGGUGGAACGCCAUGUUGGAGAAGUACAAUCUGGUGGAGAACUCCUGGCUGCGGCAUAGAUUUAGAGAGAGAGAGAAGUGGGCACCUGCGUAUGGGAGGACGGCCUUCUGUGCCGACAUACACAGUGCCCAGCACAGGGAGAGGAUGAACAAGGAGCUGAGAAAGUACCUCUCCUCUGCAAGGGACAUGGAGAGUUUUCUUCAGGGGUUCGACAGGUUCUUGGAUGAUCGACGCAGCAAGGAGGUUGAAGCCAACUCCAAGAUGACCAAGAGCUCACCUUAUGCUCCCCCUGUGAGCAUCAUACAGCAGGCGGCGCGAGUCUACACGGCGGCGGCGUUCGAUAUGUUCAUGGCGGAGUAUGUUGCUGGGUUGGAGUGCCUGGUUAGAGAGAGAAAGUUUGAUGGGUCAACUCAGAUCUUGACAGUUGAAGAUGGGCGUGGCCACCAGCAUGCAGUGAGGGUCAACCUCGAGGAGGAGACCCUGAGCUGCAGCUGUUCCAAGUUUGACCGUGCGGGAAUUCUCUGCGGCCACGUCCUCACCUGCAUCACCAAGAGGCUGAGGUCAAUCCCUGACAGGUACAUCUUGAAGCGGUGGACCCGGUGUGCGGGGAACAUCUCGUUGUCGUCCGAUCCGAUCACAGCGGCUGACGUGCACGAUUGGAGGGACCUCCUCUCACGGCGCUACGGUUCCCUGGUGCACGACUUUGUGCAGCUCUCUGUGAGGGCGGCCGAAGAUGAGGAGAUUUACAGCUGUGCGUUGAAGCACAAGGAGGCCAUGUCCGAGGAGAUGGAGAAGCUCUUCAAGGAGAAGACCUCCUCCCUCUCGUAUCAUCUCUUCGGGGAGCAUGUCUGGUAA